AGCGUUGCCAGGGAAACACUAUAGCUUGGUUCCUUAGGUGGAAAAAGUGAAGCCGGUCUGGAGACUAUCUCCCCUCCUCGGGUACCCCAGAUUGUUACGCCAACAUGGGGGUAUCUUUCCCGCUUACCGCAGAGGAGUAGGGAAACAGCCUCUCGGAUCCUAGUGUGGAAGAGAAAGGCCAGGAACACGAAGGUGACUGCAUUUCUUGUGAGAUUGUAAAUGUACCAUGGAAGUUAAAAGUAGCUUAAGAAGAAUGGAAAAAGGCCAAUUAGAAGCCUCAAAUCUUCCAUCAGAAGUCUGGCAUUCUGAGGUGACAGUGUCAGUGACAGGCGAGCCACCUGGUGCUGUAGAAGAAGAAGAAGAAACAGCUGAAGAAACAAACAUAGAAAUCAUCCCGGAAAUCAUAGAACCACUCUCCAUUCUAGAUGUGCUGAGGAUCUCCGCAGUUCUGGAGGAUACCACAGAUCAGCUCUCUAUUCUAAACUAUAUCAUACCAGUUCAGUAUGAGAGAAGACAAAGUGUCAACAUGAAGAAAAAUAAAGAAAUCAAUUUUGAAGGAAAGACCUUAGAAAAACUUUCAGAUGACCCAAAAACCUCAAAAAUAACCAGUCCAUUCUUACCUAAAGAAGAAACCAAGUUGCCAGAAAUCAGACAAGGAAGCCAAUUGGCCAACGGAUUUAACAAAACGCAAGAUCUUGUCUUCAAAAAACCUAUAAGACAGACCAUAAUGUCUACGGAGACACUGAAGAAAAUUCAGGUAGAUAGGCAGUUUUUCAGUGACAUAAUUACAAAGACCAUGCAGGAGCUGCAGGAGUCAGGCACUUUCACCAGUCUCUUGGAAGCUUUGGGCAAAGAGAGGGAAAACAGAAAGCAUUUCUAUGAUAUCAUUGCCAGGGAGGAAAAAGGAAGAAAACAGAUAAGAUCUCUUCAAAAACAGCUACUUAACGUCAAAAGAGAACGGCAAGCUGAGGUACAGAGUCAGAAUGAAUAUAUUGCUCACCUCAAGGACCAGUUGCAAGAGAUGAAGGCAAAAAGCAACCUGGAGAAUCGCUAUAUGAAGAGAAACACUGAGCUGCAGAUCUCCCAGACCCAGAAGAAAUGUAACAGAACAGAGGAGCUCUUGCUGGAAGAGAUAGAGAAACUAAGGUUGAAAACCGAAGAAGAGAAUCGGAUUCAUAUGGAAAUUGAAACAUUCCUUAGAAAGGAGCAGCAGAAACUUGAGGAGAAGCUAGAGUUCUGGAUGGAGAAAUUUGAUAAGGACACAGAAAUGAAACAGAAUGAACUAAAUGCUCUCAAAUCUGCUAAGGCCAGUGACUUAGCACACCUUCAAGACCUUGCAAAAAUGAUAAGGGAGUUUGAACAGGUCAUCAUUGAAGAUCGGAUAGAAAAGGAGAAGACCAAGAAGAAGAUACAACAGGAUCACUUAGAACUCAAGAGCGUCUUACAGCUCCAGGCCUGGUGGCGAGGCACUAUGGUACGGAGGGAACUUGGUGGUUUCAAAAUGCCUAAGAAGGACAAAGAUGAUAUCAAGGAUUCCAAAGGUAAAGGCAAAGACAAGAAUAAGCGGAGAGGCAAGAAAAAGUGACAUUCUCUUGCCUUUUCCUCUGGUAUUCUGGAGCUGGGAAGGUGGACUUGAAAACAUUUUACCAGCGCAGAGAACUCAUCUACAGGUUGUUUCUUAUUUGGACAUUUCCAGGUGCUGCCUGGUGUUUUCACUUUGCCUGUUGUAUUAGUUUGCAAACCCUGAAUUAGGACUAUACUGUUGACUUAGGGCUUCUUUUGAGAAACUUUUGGUGGGAAGUAUUUCUAGGAGGCUUAUGAAGAUUCUUCUUGCUCUUUCUUACUAGAAAAAAGUCAAGGGCUUAGUUAUUGUGAUGCAUUAAAACUUCAGUAAUUUCUGUAA